CCGGUGUAAAUACGGUACUAAACCGGGUUGUUACCGCGUUAUUACCGGUGUAAAUACAGAGAUUAACCCGUGUUAUUACCGGGACUUGACUCAUGAGACCUCGGUACUUCACCCCCUCUGAGGUGGCUGCUCACAACACCGCAGCCGACCUGUGGGUCUCCUUCCUGGACAGAGUGUUUGACCUCACCCCGCUGAUGAACCAGCACCACGGUGACGCUCUGCUGCUGCCCAUCAUGGAGUGUGCAGGAAAGGACAUCAGCUGCUGGUUCGACCCGGAAACCAAGGACGUGCUGAAGUACGUCGAUCCUCUGACUAACUGUGUGAGGUACUACACCCCCAGGGGGCGCUUCGUUCACGUCCCCCCUGCCGGCCCUCGCUCCGACUGGGCCAGUGACAUCGGCGAGCCCUGGUGGAGGGACGUCCGCUACCAGGUGGGACUGCUGUCCGCCAAGACCAGGUGGAUACGAGUCAUCAACACGCUGACGUCACAGGAGCGGCGGCUGCAGGUGUGUUCAGAGGAGACGCUGGCGGACAUCCUCCAGCGCUACCUGAACUACAACGCUCACGCCAACAGCUACACCUGGAAACACGGCGGAGUGAAACUGGACAUGAGCUGGACGCUCGGCGAGAACAACGUCCUGGACGAUGACCGGCAGCUGCAGCAGCUGAGACUGGACCGAGACCUCUUCACCCCCGCCAUCCUCCUCCACUUCAACGAUGACCUCACCGAGGGUUGACCUCUGACCUCUGACCUCACCAAGCACCCCCCUCAUGAUACAACCAGCACAGUAAACGUUAGACGCUCAUUUAUUCUGUUCAUCUCUCAAGUCUCAAAUUAUUAGUUAGUCAGGAUUUGACUUUAAUUU